GGCUCCGCUCAUGAACGAUGGAUGCGCGCUCCCGACACUUCAGGUGAUUGAGUGAAUGAGAGGAGCGAGCGCGACCGACUGCGGGCAUUCAGAGUGGAGCAGCUGGGGAGAGAAUGAGGAGCGUGAUGUCGCCGGGAAGUCACGUUCUUCUGACAACUUCUCUGCUCUUCCUGAUGGGCAGCGCGGCGCAGAGAGUGUUCUUCGACUGUGGAGCCAAGGUGGACGUGGUGGACGUCCAGGGUCUGAUCCUGUCCCCGGGGUUCCCCUACAACUACUCCUCUGGAACCCACUGCGUGUGGCUCUUCGUCGUGCCGGUGAAGUACCAGUUGGUCCUGGAGGUCUUUGACUUCGACGUGUUCGAAAACCAAGACUGGUCCGAGGAGGAAGUCGAGGAGGGGAUGACCUCUGACCCCGCCCAGGCGACAGAGACAGAGGAGGGAGCUGGGCUCCGGAACAACGUCACAAAAACCCAACAGUCCUCCCAGGACGGGGAGGUCAAAGCAGGUGUGAGGCUGUCCACCGGGGGGGGCAAAGGCUCCAACUCUGCCUCCGCGGGUUUCCUCCUCCCUCCUGGGACUUCACCUUCAGGAGCCCCUGUGGUCGACUCCGCCUCCAUGAACCCGGGUACUCAGAGCACCGACGUGGAGGAGAGGACCGGUCCUUCGUCAUCCACUACUGACCCCCCCGCCGUGAGCCUGGACAUCUGUCCCCACGACGUUCUCUACAUCUCCGACCUGGUGACCUUCUCCUCCAGGUUCUGUGGCUCCAACCGCCCCCCCGGCUCCCAGUUGGUCUUUGGCUCCAGCCAGGAAAGGGUGGAGGUCAUCAUGGAACUCAUCACCACCACGCACUGGGGGCGUGGCUUUGCUCUCCUCUUCCACUACCACAACCUGACGGACGUGGGGCCGGACAUCCGAGUCUCUGCUCCCGCAGGCAGCAGAGCGGAGUCCAUGCUAGCUGCCGUGAGCGGAGCCGCCUUUUUUGCCAUGAUACUCACAAGCGCCCUCUGCAUCAUCUUCAGACCAAAACUGUGUCGUAAAAAGUCCAACUCCUGUCUGUCCAGCAACUCUGAGGCUCCAGAGGGCGUCCAGAACCCCGGGUCAGAGGUCAGUGAGCUGCAGCUCAUGACUGAGAAUCAGACCAGCAGGACACAGGACCAGGACGGUCAGGUCGACACAGCGCUCUCUGUGGACGUGUUCCAGAAUGCACCGGUGGACCUCUCAGGCAGUGGUUUGACCGAACUGGACCUGGGCUCUGAUGAGGUUUUCAUCGUCUCCUCAGCCUUCAGUCCGACCAAGACCACCUUCACCCCACACACACGACACCCCAGACCUGGUCCCAGCUCCCUGGGGGACUGGCCCUCACUGGACUCCAGUGUUUUAUCCACCUGUGACAAACCCACCAGGGACAGUGGGGGGGGCAGCGCCAGGCCGAGAGCCUGGAGCGUCCGCACCUUCCAGGACUUCCUGCCCCCGCUGCCCCAGCUGCAUAAGAGGUGGUGCAGCUGGAACUCCAGCAGUCCCUUCACCAAACUGGUGGACAGCGCUCCGCCCACCUUGACACAUGAGUCCAGGGCUGCUGACAGCAGGAGGGUCUUCUCCGACGUUCACCUCGAAGCCAAAGCGGACGACAGCGCCCUCUCUGACUCGACCAUCAGCAACGCCUCCUACCCACUCACGCAGGCGGCGCAGCAGCAGCGGCGACUCAACUCCACCAGCAACCUGCUACGCUCACGCUUCCCAGGACCCAGCUGUGGGCUGCUCUCCGGGACCGCCACCCACAGCUUGGUCCCCGCACUUCCCAAAUCCCAGGGUCCGAGUUCAGAGUCCACUUCAGGUCCCUCUCCCAGCACCAAGGUUCAGAUGGAAAGUCGAAAGAUUGAUUUCCCGGGGGAGGGUGACCACGUCAGCGUGCCGGUGUUCGUCAUCUCAGAGGAGGACGACCGACUCCCCCUGGUGUCGGCCGAGCACCUGGACCAGAACUCGGCUCCUGCUGUGCUGAACGGACUGGCGAGGGAAAAACACGAGGAGGAGCAAGGCCCCGUCCACCAGAGGGCCCGGCUGGAGUGGAGGCCGAGGGGGAGCCAGGUGAGGGGCGGGGUCUGCCCGCUGUCUGCCCACAUGUUUUAAUCUGACCACCACCAGGGGGCAGUGUUCUGUUUGAGGAGAGACUCUGGACAUAGAUCCAUACAAGAACUCUCAGAGACUUUUCACACCGGGGUAGUACCACGAGGGGUGGGGGGAAGUGCGGGGACAGAACCACUGGUCCAAACAGCUGCUGGGCUGAAGGAGUGAACAGAGAAGAAGAAGAAAACGUUGAUCAGUGAUUGGCCGGGACGGAGAUAAAUAAAUCUCUGCACCGCUCCACGCCGUCCACCAAACAUUUUUAACUUUAAAUCUUUUUUUCUUCCACUUUGUUUUGUUUUGUUUUACCCAGAAUGCACCACAUUCCGCUCUUUGGUUUCCUGUGGAGUCUGCAGUCUGCAAACUGUGGUUUAACUCCGGUUAAAGUGAACAUCAGCGCCACCUUGUGUUUGGUUUGUCACCUUUGAACUAAAGUUUCCUUGAGUUGUGAAUGUUUGGAGAACACGGUGUGAAAAGGUCACGUGAAUGGAUCCAGGUGUCGGUGUUGCUGUAGUGAAUAGUGAAAAAAAAAAAACUUUUUGUAAAAACUCUUGUCCAGAUUCUGUGGUGGACGGAGGUUUGUUUACGUCCAGAUGGACGUCUUCCUGUCUGUGUUUUGAAAUGUGCCUUUAAAUAAACUGCAUUAUUAUCACUGAUGUCUGAAGCAGUCAGUCGGCCUGU